AUGUCUAAUCAGAGUGACUAUGAUCCUAAUGAACAACUUCCUUCACCAAGGAUUGAAAUACUAAAUGAAAUGCUCAGCCAACCAGAUAUUUUCGAUUACAGUAAGAUUUCUACACCAACUGGUAUCGAUCCAUCUUAUUAUACUAAUUCAAGUUCUCUGUCAGAAUCAAUAGCGCUUUCUACAACAUUUUCAAAUCAUCAAUACAAUUUAUAUAGUAAUCAAUGUCAACGUACUCUUUCGUUUCAUAAUCUUGGAGCAACUUUUCCAAGCAAUAAUGAUUAUGAAGCAAUUUUAAUGAAUACGGAUUCUAGAAGUUUGUCAUCGAAUAUAGGUACUACUGGUCAUACGACCUUGGGAUCCGAAGAGGAAAAGCUUCUCAUUCUAGCUGAACCAAAAGCAUUUUAUCGUGAUAGAUAUUAUUGUGAAACGGAUAAAACAAAGAAUCGAGCACAACGUUUUAUUCGCGCUGAAGAUAAUCAACUCAAAUAUGAAUAUCCAACUGUUAAAAUUCCAAAGAAAUGGUGUGAUCCAACACGACAAAUAUAUAUUCGAGUUACAUCAGUUACUAUAAAAAGCGAACAUGUACCUUAUCAUUGUAUACAUCCUUAUGAAAUUGAUACAGAAGACAAAAAUGUGAUUAAAGAUCCUGAGCAUAAUUCAUUAUAUUUUCCUAUUAAUGAAAAGGAAUUUAUUACCGGUGAAAAAAAUCGAAGAAAAAUGAUUCAAAAUGAUUUAAAAGAAUAUGGACCGUUCCGUUUAUUCAGUUCAAACAAGCCUGAUACGCAAUGUGUCCUCAAUUCACAAGAUGCUAAGCACAAGAUAGUCGUAUAUCAAUUAUGGAAAUCUCAAUUUAUUUUUACUAUUGCUGAACGACACGAUAAUAUUUCACUUCCUAUUCCCAUACCACAUACGACCGCCGAAUCUCAAAUUAUUGUUGAUGAAGUAACUGAUGCAAGAAACUCAUCAAUGCAUUCUUCAAAGGGUAAUUCGAAUAAUCUAAUUAGAUGUAUACCACAAAAAGGUGAUUGGCAAGGUGGUGAUGAAGUAUUAAUUAUUAUGUCUAAGCCAAUCAAACGAAAAGGCUAUACAAUAUGUUUCGAUUUCGAACUAUUUGGAACACAAAUUGUCAAUGACAUAACAUAUAUUGAUAAAAAAGUAAUUGUAUUUCGAACACCACCAUGUCCAGUAUUACCGGGAGAUGAAAACAUGAAAGUAUCUAUUGUUAUUAAAGAAAAUAAUAUAGUUUUAUCUUCAAUUGAUUUUCAUUAUGUGACACCAAUGAAAACAACAAUUCAACUAUGUGCACAGUGUCAAAGUUAUAUAAACGAUAAUCGUACAAGUAAUAAAAGAAGAUAUGAACGUGUGGAAUUUGAUAGUGGUCAAAGUCUCGUUUCACAGAUGAAACAAUUAUCAAUAGAAGAGAAAACUAUUCAAUCUCAUGUUCCAAUUUCAUCAAAUGAGAAGGAUUCAAAAUUUGAUACAUAUCUCAAUGAAUUAAAAACUGCUUUAGAAAACUUUGUUUGUACUAACGAUCCUUCUCGAUUAUUUCGUCGAACACGUAUGUUGUUGUCUACAUGUGAUGAAAAUCCACCUCCAUUACAUGAUGCUAUUCAACGUGGACAUAUACAAAUAGCAUUAUCACUGAUUGAACAAGUUUUUGACAUGAAUCCAUCACAAGGAUUAUUAGAAAAAGAAAAUGAAAAUGGUGAAACACCAUUAUUAAUUGCAGCUAAAUGUAAUCAAUGGAAACUAAUUGAACCUAUUCUUCAAAACCGAUGUGAUCUUGCUACACAAAAAGAUAAAGAUGGCAAUAAUUUAUUACAUUUACUUGCAAAUUCGAAUGAAGAUGAAAGUGCAGAAAUAAUUAAGAAUGUUUUAAGGAUUUUACCCAAUGACACAAAAGAAUGCCUUUUGAUUGGAAAGAACAAACUUUCUCAAACACCAAUAGAGAUUGCACAAUCUCAUGACAAUAAUCAAUGUAUUGAUUUUUUGAAGUUGUCGAUCGAUGCUGGAAAAGAAAAUACCUAA